AUGGCCAAGAAUUUUCUAACUUUAACACUUUUCUUACUAAUUUUUCAACAAAUCUUAUCGGAAGUAGACAAUGAUGAAUCAAAAUGGCUGGACGUUCACGACCCCUUGAGCUGGGACCAGAAUUCUGGGACCAAGAAUUACUGCCAAUCAGAUAAAUAUAUUGAUUCGUGCAGAGAAGUGGGUGUUUAUUGUAAUAUUUUUGAUUGUUUAGAGAAAAAGAGUCUGAACAGGGAUAAUACGAGAUGUUUAGAGGCUGGAAAGCUUGGAGAAGAAGAUAGCAGACGUAGAAUCAGAAGAUGUGUUGCUGAGGCAGAUUCUCAGGCAGUUUUUGCAACGAUUGAAUAUUAAUUUAGCCGACGAUGUAGCUGUUAUGAAGGAUGCUAGUGUUUAUUUGUCUUUAACAAAUGUCAGACUGUUGAAGGAUUACUUGGAGAACUACGAGAAUAAUGAUGUUCAUGUUAGAGAAAGAAUGCGAUCUGCUUUAAGUGGAUUUAUUAUUGAGGUAAAGUGAUUUUAAGAAAAGUGUUCAUCAGAUGUUAUGGAUAACAUCGUUUGAGGGCUAAAUAGUAUUUUUUAAAAUUAUUUUUAUUAUUUAGCUACAUUUUGUAUUUAUAAUAAUUUAUGACAAUUUUUAGGCUCAAGAUCAAACACCCAUUUUUAUGAGAUACCUCCAACCUUACCAACCUUAUUUGAUAUUGUUGAACAUUUCCAUCUUACCAAUUGCUGUUUUGUUCAUUAUAAGAAGAAUAAUGUCGCCACGACAAUUGUUGAUGAUAUUAUUUAUGUGGGCAUUUUGUGUUUCAUUUUGUUUUACUUACGCAAGGAAGUAUAAGGUAUAUCAACAUCUUUUUGUUUUAGAUGAUGUUUUGUUUCUCUAAACGAUUACUGUUUUAUAAUAAAAUAUGUAGGGGUCAAUGUGAAAUGACUUGUUGUAUGCUUGUUACUUUUUUAAUUUUAGGAAAAGCUUGCGGAGAGGUACGAAAGAUCAGAAGGAGAUACCUGCAUCAAGAACAAGUCGUUUUUGGGUGAAGUUUCUGAUGUUUUACUCGGAUAUCUGAGGAUAAAAGGGAAGAGUGAUUGUUUGAAGAAGUACGAGGUAUGUUUUUGAUAUAUAUUCCGAUUUAUUGAGGCUAAAACGACUAAUUUCGUUGGUCAAAACUAAAAAUAUGAUUUUUCACUUUGAUAUUUUUGUCCUAAUCACCAUAACCGAAAUUUUAAAGUUUGAAGUUAUUGUUUUAUUCUUUCAGGACAUCCUAAUCGAGCCAAUACUAUUAAUUGAUCCUCUGGCCACAUUUGGUGAAGUUCUGGCCAAUUUCUUCCUCAGUCCAUUGGAAGUUUCUGGCAAAAUGAUGAACAAGUUCUUUAAUGACUUCUUUGUGGACACUCCAUUACCGUUGGCUGUUUUCAAAGUGAUCUUCUUGUUCUUACUACUCUUCUUCUUCAUGGGCUACAGGUUAAGAACGUUGUUCUUCUCUGUUGAACCGGUCUUUAGGCCUCAAAAUGAAAAUUUGAGGAUAGAACAGGUUGAAAGGGAGUCGACGCCGAUGAUUCAGGAAGUCAAGAGUUGCCCGGUAGGUUUGAGAUUGAUGAGUUGGAGUUUAUAUUGGGAUAAAGCGAUUAUAUUGAGGUAUACAAAAGGUAAAGCUUGUUAUUUUGAUUUGUUAUCGUGUUCUAUAUUUCAGACUCUACCUCCGCCAGUACCACCUCAUAGGAAGCCGAUAGAAAAGGCACCAUCGGACUCGAAUUUGGCCAUUGAAAAUCUGUUGAAUGAGAUAGAAUUGCCAGAAGAAGGUGUCGAACAGAUCAGUCCUCCAAUACCUCGUCGCAAAAGUACAAAUUUACCUCAAGAGCAAUAUAAUUAA